GUGCAGGAUGUCACGUGUGGCGUGGAAUGAAUGUGGAGUACAGUAGCCGAGCAGCAGGUUUCACUGUGAGAUGCUGAACGUUUGUACUUGUUGCACAGAGGGGCUGGUGUUCAGUCGGCAGCGCAGUGGUAUCUCUCACCCCCCCUGCUGUCAGCUCUCCGCAGCGGCUUGGGUCCUUGCGUUCCUUCUCUCUCUUGGCUGCAGACAGCUGCCGUGGCCAUUCGACUGCAAACUGCACUUUCCCUUUUGCUGAGGCACGAAGCGCUCCUGUCUAGCUUCAGCACUCUGACGUCAAAAGGGGUUGUUUUUGCUCCCAGCUUUGGAGCUGUAAAUGUGAGGAGAUGAUUUUCGCAGCAACCAGCUCCUCCUGACUCCGUCGUUCUCUUGUUUGCUACAAGUCCGUGCAGCUGCUGAGCCCAUGAUCUCCCUGGCCAUGGUGGCUGCUCAUACCUCGUCCCAGUCCUCAGCAUCAUCAGAAUGGAUCUCUUGCCUGGAUAAAAGACCUGCUGAGCGUUCUAGUGAAGACAUUGACAUUAUAUUCAGCUGCCUGAAAGGACUGAAGGCAUUUGAGAAAUUCCAUCCCACUCUCUUGUACCAGAUCUGCUUGUAUGGGUAUUAUGAAAACCUGGAGAAAGGUGUCACAUUGUUUCGACAAGGGGACCUUGGGACAAGUUGGUAUGCAGUACUCGCUGGAUCCCUGGAUGUUAAAGUGUCAGAGACAGCUAACCACCAGGAUGCUGUUGUACUCUGUACACUUGGAAUUGGAACAGCAUUUGGAGAAUCGAUUCUGGACAAUACUCCUCGCCAUGCAACAAUUGUUACCAGGGAGUACAGUGAGCUACUCCGCAUCGAACAGAAAGACUUCAAAGUGCUUUGGGAGAAAUAUCGACAGUACAUGGCAGGGCAUUUGGUCCCUCCCUAUGGUGUUAUGGAAACUACAUCUAGUAAUGACCGAAUCCCUGAAAAAGAGAAUAUGAGCAGCAAAGCACUGUGUUCGAUGUCAAAAAACAAGACAACAGUCAUUGAAAAUCGUGCCCCUCUACAUCCUGUUAAAACCAUUACUCAGGUUCCGUCUGAAAAAAUCCUUAGAGCUGCUAACGUUUUACGAAAUGUGAUACUAUCCCAAGCACCUCACAUGAUUAGAGACCGGAAAUACCACCUGAAGACCUACAAACAGUGCUGUGUUGGCACAGAAUUAGUGGACUGGAUGAUCCAACAGACACCUUGUGUUCAUUCCCGCCCACAGGCUGUAGGCAUGUGGCAAGUGCUGCUUGAGGAAGGAGUCAUGAACCACGUGGACCAAGAGCAUAAUUUCCAGGACAAGUACCUGUUUUAUCGGUUCCUGGAUGAUGAACAAGAGGAUGUCCCUGCACCCACAGAUGAGGAGAAAAAAGUGUGUGAGGAGGAGCUACAGGAAACUAUGCUUCUGCUUUCUCAGAUUGGGCCAGAUGCACAUAUGAGAAUGAUUUUACGCAAACAGCCAGGACAGAGAACAGUUGAUGAUUUGGAAAUCAUAUAUGAAGAAUUGUUACACAUUAAAGCCUUGUCACAGCUCUCUACCACAGUAAAGCGAGAGCUUGCUGGUGUUUUGAUAUUUGAAUCUCAUGCCAAAGCAGGGACAGUGUUGUUUAAUCAAGGAGAAGAGGGCACUUCAUGGUAUAUUAUCCUCAAGGGCACAGUGAAUGUUGUUAUCUAUGGCAAGGGAGUAGUCUGUACGUUACAAGGAGGGGAUGAUUUUGGGAAGUUGGCUUUGGUGAAUGAUACUCCAAGAGCAGCUUCCAUAGUACUUCGUGAGGACAAUUGUCAGUUUUUACGUGUUGAUAAAGAAGAUUUUAAUCGAAUCCUUUGCGAUGUUGAGGCCAAUACAGUGAGGCUCAAAGAACAUGGACGAGAUGUGUUGGUUUUGGAGAAGAUACCAAUGGGUAGCAGACCUUCCAAUCAGGGAAGCAUACAGACACAAUACAAAUACACAGUGAUGGCAGGAACUCCUGAAAAGAUAUUAGAGCACUUUCUGGAAACUAUACGCCCUGAUUUGCCUGCUAAUGGAAUGACAGGUGUCCCUCCACCAUGGUCCCUGACUGAGAGGAAGGGUGAGGUUUUUUUGACAGAUCCAUGCCUUGAUGACUUUGUUCUGCUGCACUGCAUUUUUAUGCCCCACAGCCAGCUUUACCCAGCCCUAAUGGCUCAUUACCAUGCAGAAGCAUUGCAAGGGUCAGAGCAGGAGAAGUUGGACUAUGCCCUCAAUAACAAGAGAAGGGUCAUCCGCCUUGUCCUACACUGGGCAAAGGUAUAUGCAGAUCUCUUGCAAGAGGAAGACAGUGCUAUUGCAUUUCUCGAAGAGUUCUAUGUGUCUGUGUCAGAUGACUCACGGAUGAUUCCUGCUCUGAAGGAACAGCUCCCAGAAUUAGAGAAACUGGUAAAACAGAACUCAGAAGAAGGAAAUGGAAAGUCAUCACAGAAAAAGCACAAAGUUAUUUUGCGUCAGUUCAGCAUUGGUGAGGAUAGGCUCCAAAAGAGACAACCAAUAAGAAGUAUGGAUGAAAUACUCUUUAAGGUUUACUGCAUUGAUCAUACAUACACCACAAUCCGUGUGCGUGUGGCAGCUUCCGUAACAGAGGUCAUCAGUGCCGUAAAAGAUAAGCUUGGAUCAACAGAAGACCUAAUUCUUGUGCAAAUGAGCUCAGCUGGAGAAAAAGUGGUGCUGAAGCCAAAUGAAGUUUCGGUUUUUACAAUGCCAAAUGUGAAUGGGCGCCUGUUUGUCUGUCCAAGAGAAAAAUUUGAUUGUCUGACACCACUGCCAGAACAGGAAGGCCCAUCCUCUGGAACAAUGGCAACUUUUGAGUUAAUGAGUUCUAAGGAUCUAGCCUAUCAGAUUACGAUUUAUGACUGGGAGUUGUUCAACUGUGUAUAUGAGCUGGAAUUGAUUUAUCACACAUUUGGAAGACAUCAUUUCAAGAAAACCACAGCUAACCUAGAUCUAUUUCUUCGAAGAUUCAAUGAAAUUCAGUUCUGGGUUGUAACAGAAAUCUGCCUAUGUUCUCAGCUCAGUAAAAGAGUACAACUUCUGAAGAAGUUUAUCAAGAUUGCAGCACAUUGCAAAGAAUAUAGAAACUUGAAUUCCUUUUUUGCUCUUGUAAUGGGACUGAGCAAUGUAGCUGUUAGCCGUCUCUCUCAGACCUGGGAGAAACUUCCCAGUAAAUUCAAGAAAAUCUAUUCAGAAUUUGAAAGCUUGAUGGAUCCUUCCAGGAACCAUAGGGCAUACAGACUUACUGUAGCUAAACUGGAGCCACCAAUCAUCCCCUUCAUGCCUUUACUUAUAAAAGACAUGACAUUUACACAUGAAGGCAACAAUACGCUCAGGGAUAACCUCAUCAAUUUCGAAAAAAUGCAUAUGAUUGGCAACUCAGUAAGGACAGCCAGACACUGCAGAAGUCAACCCUUCAAUCUAGAUUCAUCACUUGCAAACAAGAACCAUCAGGAUGUCCGUGUAUAUGUUCGACAGCUUAAUGUAAUUGACAAUCAGAGAACUUUAUCACAGAUGUCUCACAGGUUGGAGCCACGGCGAUCCUAAUAGUUUGUCAUGAAUGCACUGCCAUAAAAGAAAAUAUUUAUUAAAUUUCAGCACAAUGGGCGCUCUGUGGUUUGUUAAUUAUUGAAACUGGAUGAUAAGUAUUCAUCUCAGAGGAAGACAUUCUGAAUGCUUUAGCCCACAUUACAGUUAUUAUACCUGCCUUUUCCAGGAUUUAAAGUUCGUGCUGUUUCACAAUGACCAAAACACCCUCACUAUGUUAUUACAUUUGGAUAAUUAAAAGAACACCAUUUUCUUUUAUCCAGAUUCUUGAGUGUACAAUGAAGAAGAAUUUGUGCCAAGAAUUUCCCUGUAUGUAUUUAAGCACAGUGAAUUGAUCCUUAAAUCUUAAAACAAUUUUCAUUUGUUCAGAUUCUAAUAAGCAGUUGUUUUGUUUCAAAAUGAUGGCACAAGAUAUUUGAUAUUUUUACUACUUGUUGCCUCUUUUUAAGGUAUUUCUAAACUUUCCACAUUAGAUCAAAACUUGGAAAACAGCACAAACUGCACAAGAUAAAAUUGUUGAACGAUUCCAGCAUUUCUUGUAACUUUUUUGUUAGUAUUGUAAGCAGGCUUUAAUCUUUUAAUAUAAAAUCACUGUAACAUCUAAUUCUGACUGAAUAUAGGCUUUUCCUGUUUGCUGAGAAGGUGCUUCCUCCAAGUGUUGGUUGUCUCCGGCAAAUAUUGACAUCAUGGUGUGAAAGCCUGCUGUGAUUGUCAGUAACACACUUGUUUAAUUAAGCACCAUCCAACUAAUUAGCCUCAAGCACACCUCUGACACCACAGUCUUAUUUUUCUACGAUGGUUUGUAAUUUCUGCUGUCCCAAGAAGUAACUUUCAACUAAAGAUUUGAUUUAGAAAUUGCACAAUGAGUCCAGAAUGUGCUAAAUUCACUUUAUAAAAUUGCAAUCACAUCUGUCCCUGUCCAUCCCCAUCCCUCUUCCCUCAAGGAAGCAUGUCCCCAGGCAUUUGAAAAAGGUAUGAAACAUCAUGCUAUUGUGACAUGCGUCCAUACUGUUACAGAAAUCUGGGAACCCCCUGAAUGCUGAUUAUUUGUUUUAGCACUGUUAAGCAAGUACAAAUAGUUUAUUUUAAAUACAGUCUUGGUUAAUACAUUUGUCAGUGACAGUUCUAUAAUUGAUAAUGUGCCAAAAGUGUUGCUGUUUUUAAGUUAUUGUUUCAAUUUAAUUUAAAAGUUGGCCCACUGACGACUACAUCAAGUCACAUUUUUGUUUGAGUUCAAAUUUUCACUGCCUUGUAUUCAUUGUCUAUAAAUAAUGUUAUUAUGUGUACAGUGACUAAAUGUCUCUAAUGUUCGCACGAGUAAAACAGAUGUUACAAUGUACACUGUAUGCUAUGUUUUCCCCAAGUCAAAUAAAUAUGCUGUUUCUACAAAAUAUCUGCUUUUCUUGCAAAC